UUGGCAGACUGCUUUUGAAGUUCUGAAACCUUUCACCAGACGUCAAGAUAUCGCUGCGAAGCAAGCCUGUUAUUAUAAAACACUUAAAGAACAUGCUAAGAAAAUGGAUAUGGAAAAGAUUGCUCUGAAAGAUAGAGAAAAAAUGUUGUCCGAAAUGGAAUUCUUCAGUGUGAACCAACUAGUCAUUGAAUGUGCUGCUGUUUAUGAUAAAGACAAAUUGUGGCUCUGUCAUGGACAUCAGAAUGGAGCUCACAUUACCAAAGUGAAUUGUGAAGAAAAUAUUAUGUACAGACUUAAUAUUGAGCUGGAAUCUCGAGUCAUGUGUAUGCAUGCAUUGGAUGAUGAUACGAUGUUACUGGGAACUCUGUCUCAUUUUGUACAUUCAUAUUCAACUAAAUCUAGACGCCUGCUAUGGGAAAUCAGGCUCAAUGACUCAGUACUGACCUUAGCUUCUCAUGAGGAAGACGGCAUAAGGCAGGUUUAUGCGGGUCUUGCUGAUGGUACGGUGGCUGUUAUUGAGAAUAUCGAAGGCUCUUCACCGAAACCAGAGACUUUCUACAUCAUGAUUGGUUCGAGUCCUGUUACUAGCCUGCGUCUUGUUGACAAGAGACUUUGGUGCGGAACGGGGAAUCGGGUUGUAAUACUUAAUGCGAGGACCCUUGACGCUGUUGACCAAUUCCAAACGUCCUCCAGUUGCCUGGAUUAUAUAUCGAUGCUCGUGUCGGAUGACAGAGGAGUUUGGUUAACCAUAAGGGGUUCUUCUAUUCUUCAGCUGUGGGACCCCAAUACCCUUACCUGUCGCCUCCUUUUUGACGUGAAAGAUAACAAGUACCCACGUUCACCAAAGAUAGGAGAGGAUGAAAUGGGAGGAUCUCGAAUAACUGCCCUUCUUCCUUUCUCUGGCAGUGUCUUGGUCGGCACUGCAGAAGGAUCUCUAAUUAUUUAUGAUGUCGUGACAAAAUUAUCUCGAAGCCCAAGCUCUGCGGAAUUUUCUUCAUCACUGAACAGACGGCAGCCAGCGGUGGACCACAUACAACAAAAGAUACAGGAAUUACUGAUGGAGAAAAAACGCGAUGAUAAAGGAAAUUCCGACGUUCGGAAUCGACUCGAUAGCGGUUGUUACUCAACUCCUUGCAGAACACCAUUAUUAGCACAGAGUAGAAGCGGCAGUGUUCAUGCCAGCGACAGCGGCAUAGCAGCAGCUCCUUUAACAGCUCAGGAGGAAGAGCAAGAAAGCAGUUCUCCUGAGGACAGAAGCGAGGCAACUAGCCAUUCUACCGUGAAAAGAGCUGGAGAAACACAAAGAUCUUCACUUACCUCCCCCGAAUUACAGUUUUCUGAAGAACAGACAGAAGAUAACGCUAAGAAGAUAGACACAGAUCGAGACGACUCUGGCCAGUCAUCAUCUUCUGCACAAGGAAAAGUGAUUGAAACCACACCUCCUAAGAAACUAUGCACGUGUCAUCAUCUAAAUUCCAGUUCUGUGAAAUGCCGGCAUUGUCUCCUUGAAGCAAGUGAAGCUCUUCGCAAGCUAUUUGAUAAGUACAGUUUGACCAUCAAUUCUACAAAUCACGUGGACUACACAGCCCGUUAUCAGAAUCUUUUAAAUAACAGUCGUAAUAAAGCUGCACAUGUUGACAAAACUUUAAAUAAAGGGGAAGACGUUUCUGUGAAUAAUGCCAUAAGCACUCCAAAACUAGAAGGGGGCACUGAAGAUUGUGCAUGGUCAGACAGUUCUGUGGAAUUACCUCCAAGUAUAUCUAAUGAUGGUUCUCAAGAUGACGCGCCUAUCCGGAAACCAUUACUUUCAACUGGCUCUUCACAAAUUGAGCCUCCAAACGUAACAGCUGUUAAGAAUAAUGUCCUUUUAAGAGCUAUAAGUGCGGAUGAUGUAACUCAGUGGGUGAAAUCUCAAGAGACUUUAACAUCGUCUCUUGCAAGUGAUAGUUAUGAUUUCGACGAUGUCUUCGUUGCUUACACAGAAGAUGAUUCCUCCAAUCGAAAUAAAGCUAGUCGAGAAACAGAUGGCGUCAAAGAAUCUAUUCGGGUUAGAGCUCUUAGUAGGCGUCGAUCGUCCAAUCUGCUCGACUACUCUGGUACAAAUUCUGCUUUAUCUCAAAGAACUGAUCAAUGGCUAAGCGAUAUAAGGUCACCAUGGAUGGAUACGGCUUCUUCAUCCUCCGGCUGCAGAUAUCCGCGUCUUACGGAUAUUCGGUCUCAGCUUCCAGCUUGGUGCAAUAUGAUGACUGAAAGUGAGACUACAGAAGCUCGCCUGAAUUCCCUUAGUUAUGAGGAUUCAGUAACGGACUCACCUGUCAGUGGUACUCAUCGAGAUAUUCUUCAGCUUGGAGAUUGGAGUACUCACAAGAGCAGUGAGACUGCAAGCAAUGUUUCCUUUAGUUCCACUGAAGUUCCUUACGCUUUUGAACUGAAUUUGCAAGAGAAAAUCAAAAUAUCGGACAAACCAAUAAAAUGCUUGCUAGAAACAAAAUGUGCUGGUGAACCUACCAUCAUAAGCUGCGCCGGUUGUUAUGGAGAUGACGAAGCUGUGCUUAAAUGGACCAAAGUAGGAGACGAA